GUAAUUUCUGCUGCGUCAACACGCAGCUCAAGGGAGUGGAGAGGAGACAAGGGGGCAUUUGAACAGCAGCUCCACUUCACCAAAUAACAAGCCUUUCCAUUCUGAUCUGAGAUUUUUUUUUUUUUUAAGCCUUUAAAAAUAAGCAUCUGUGGAAGUUGGAUCAAGAGUUUGUCAAAAGAGAGUGGCUCAAAACUGCUUGAAAGAAAGGGAUGAGGGCAAACUAGAUCUAAUGCUGGAAGCUCAAAUAUUAUAAAUGAAUAAUCAAAAGGAAGACAUGGAGAUUGCCUCCCACUAUCGUCAUCUGCUUCAAGAACUCAAUGAACAAAGACAGCAUGGCAUCCUCUGUGAUGUUUGCAUUAUAGUGGAGGGGAAGAUUUUCAAGGCUCACAAAAACAUUUUACUUGGGAGCAGCCGCUACUUCAAGACACUAUACUGCCAGGUGCAGAAGACCUCUGACCAGGCAACAAUCACGCACCUAGAUAUUGUAACAGCACAGGGAUUUAAAGCAAUCAUUGACUUCAUGUAUUCGGCACACCUUGCGUUGACCAGCAGGAACGUUAUUGAGGUGAUGUCAGCUGCUAGCUAUCUCCAGAUGACUGAUAUCGUGCAAGCUUGUCACAAUUUCAUAAAGGCUGCUCUUGACAUCAGCAUAAAAUCUGAUGCAUCAGAUGAGCUUAUUGAUUAUGAACUUGGGGCUCCUUCCAGCAGUAGUACAGAUGCUCUGAUUUCAGCAGUAGUAGCUGGUAGGAGCAUAUCUCCCUGGCUGGCUCGCCGGACAAGUCCAGCAAAUUCCUCUGGUGAUUCAGCCAUUGCUAGCUGUCAUGAUGGUGGAAGCACAUACGGGAAGGAGGAUCAAGAACCAAAAGCAGAUGGUCAUGAUGACAUUUCAUCCCAGUCUCUCUGGUCUAGUGAUUUAGGGUAUGCAUCCUUGCGUAUCAAAGAAGAGCAGAUCUCACCAUCUCAGUAUGGAGGAAAUGAAUUGCAGGCUGCCAAAGAUGGGGCAGUGCAAAAUACUUUCUCAGAACAAGGUGCUACAGAUGGAUGGCAGCCUACAGGGCGCAGAAAGAAUAGGAAAAAUAAAGAUACUGUGCGCCAUAUUACGCAGCAGCUGGGAGAUGACAGCAGGACAAGCUCUCCAGUGCCACCUUUUCUCUCUGCUCCUGGAUGGCCAUACAGUAGUCGAGAAGCAAGUGUGGAUCUGACAGGGGCAGAGCCCAGCAACUCUAACAACAGAAUAGAGAGAGUGGACCUCUAUGCAAAUGGCGAUGAAGCACUUCUAGGAGGAGAAGCGAGUUAUCUCUCUCAGGCACUUACACCAGAAAAGGAGGAUGCACUUCAAGCUGUGGCAGUUGCUAACUUGCGGGCAGCUCUUAUGAGCAAAAACAGCUUGUUGUCCUUGAAAGCUGACAUGCUGGGAGAGGAGAGUUCCCUGCUCUUUGAAUACUUACCCAAAGGCACACACUCGUUGUCUUUAAAUGAAUUCACCGUGAUCAGGAAGAAAUUCAAGUGCCCCUACUGCAGUUUCUCGGCCAUGCAUCAGUGCAUCCUAAAGAGGCAUAUGAGAUCACACACGGGGGAAAGACCCUACCCUUGUGAAAUCUGUGGGAAGAAAUUCACCCGCCGGGAGCACAUGAAGCGGCAUACCCUGGUCCACAGCAAAGACAAGAAAUAUGUCUGCAAAGUCUGCAACAGAGUGUUCAUGUCUGCAGCCAGCGUUGGGAUUAAGCAUGGCUCCCGCCGCCAUGGCAUAUGCACAGAUUGCUCUGGGCAAGGCAUUGCCAGCCACUUCCCUGCAGGUGGAGGAGACGGGUCGCCAGAUGACUUGUAUGGUACAGAAGGCCCCUAUGUGGAAGAUCCGGAUGACCUCAAAGUAGAAGGAGAUGAAGACCUGGGGGAGGAUGAUGACAUAAAGUGGAAAGACGACAUGGAAAUGUCACAAGAUGAUGCCAUGCUGGAAGAUGACAAAGAUGGGAUUGACUCUCCACAGGGUCAUGAAAACUCCGAGGAGACCGAUAAGGAAUUUUCUUGGAUUGCUUAGGGAUUUUUGUUUUUCCUGGUUGGCUUGGGAUGGGGUAGGGAAGGGAAAACUGUUUGGGGAAAACUCAAGUCGCCUGGUCAUUGUCCUGGUCUUGUGUGUGGAGGACUGUUUUUAAAGCAAGCAAGUCCUUCUUCUGUUCCAUCCAAAUACCCUCACAGGAAACACUUCUUGCUCUUUACCUUUCCCAUCGGUUGACAAAUGUGUCCCUAUCUUUAAGUGAGAACAAGCCAGAUCGUAUGCAGGCAGCACGGAGUUUCCUCCCUCAAAUCUAUUUCCAUUGUCAGCAUAAAUGGCAGAGGACUCAUGCUUCUCAAACGGCUAUUGGGACAUCUCUACAAUAGCUCUACUCCCAGUAGCUUGGGAUUUGGUAACACGGUCACCAGUGGUAAACAAAACAAUAUGAGCAUUACAGGGCUUCCCCUCAAUGAUGCAAGUUUGUCAGCUAGCCAGAGAGAAAAUGGUAAUUCAGGUCUGCAACUGGGAUGCUUACCUGGAGGUCAGUUGGUCAAAGAAUUCAUUUGGCCCCUGGAGUUUGUAACAUAAAGAUGCUCAGAGCCACAGAGUGGUUCUUGCUUGGAGAAGAGGUAGGAAUGCCUGCUGCAAAAGUGCCCCUUGUGGUCAAGUCAGGUAAUGCACAUCUUUCUCUGUGUUUGCUUUUCCCUUGUCCGACAAUACAUGCCAUGCUUUGAUUGGGCAUCCUGGCAAUUCAAGGUCUUGCCUUCUUUGCCGAGCUCUGCCAAAAUCUGUUAAUGCAUAUAUCUGCUGGGUUUUUGCCGAGGCUUGGAUGCACUAAUUUCCCACAGCAACUGUGCCAAUCCCAGCUACUGUACAUAGCAAGCUGGGAGAACUGUGGAUGCUUCACCUAUGGCAUCAGAGGAACCAGAGGUUGCCCUGUCCUGAAACAAGGUGAGGUGGCUGCUCCCAGUGGCAGAAAUGUGGGUGCCAUUAAGGGAAACCCGGUGGCCAAGACGCAGCUGUGGCCAGCAAUCAGCGUGCAUCUUGUGCCAGCCUCUGCUGUCCUGUGCUCUAAUUUGUAGGAGGGACGAUCCCAUCUGAUUUUUCACCGAAGGUACCCACAUGCCUUCCUCAGCCCCAGGUGUCACAAAAACCUGCAAAUCCUUAGCCCCCCCCCCCCCCCGCCUUGGGUAUUUCUUUCUGUUUUGUUUAGUGCCUAUUUGUUUUCAUGCCCAUAAAUUCAAGGUAUUGUUCUCUGUAUUUAAGAACCUUGUAGAUCGUCCACCUAUCAUCUCUAGCUACAGACUUGUACCUCGUAACAUCCAUAGAGAAAUGUUCAGAGUCAUGACACUGAGAACUGAUGGGUGACAUGGUUUGUGAUUGAUUGUUGCUGCUUUUCUGGGGCAUCCUUAAAACAGGAAUCGGUGUGUACCCCUGUAUAUUUACCUCUGUUUCUUGUGCUGGGCAGGUGGACACAAAAACCUCUCUUCUUUGCUGUUGGUUGAUUUUUAUACAGAAUACUGUGCAUGCUAAAGAAACCUAGAAACCUGUCACAAGAAGCAACUUUCAAAUCCAGGGAGUCAAAUGAUAAAAGGUGCUAUCAUGUUUGUGUAUGAGAGAGCGAGCGAGCAAGAGAGAGAGAGCACGUAAACAAAUGCAUGCAGUAAGGACUUCUGAGGCUGUGUACAGUAUGACCUUUUCUUUCUUAUUUUGGCACUCACUAUAAUUCAACAUUUUUGGUAACCCUCGUUAUAAAUGAAGGAAGUUGGGAGCAUCACAGCGAGGGGGCACAGCUAUUCAUUCCUCUCCUAACUUCUAAUUGUAGCUAUUUCACCCUUACAAGUCAGUGGAAGAGUGUGAAAGCCUGGUGAGAAACAUUUGCUGUUGGCAAUUAACUCCACAGAAAAACAUCUUGAGUACCAGGCCAGGUAGCUUUCCACAUCUUCUUUCUUCUUUUCUAAAGGGCUGCAUGUUCAGAUCCAGGAUGAGCACUUGUUUAAUGUACUAGGAAUAAAAUGGUUUCAAAGCUGCUCCAAGGAUUGGGAAUGUAUGCGCCUGCCAUAGGCACAGUCCAUUUUGUGAUUGCGAUGGCCAUACCAAAAUAUGUGCAUGCCACCUUGUGGCCGUAUUAGCCAUACUUCUCAGAGCUUGUUUUGGCCCUCAAAUGCACACUGCUAUAGAAGGAUGCAAACAGCAUUUCUGGACAACUCCAUAACAAGACCUAGUCUGACCAGAGAUAGUGGAGGGUCUGAGAGAAUGAAUGUUUAUAUUAUAGGCAAUGACUGUUACACAAUACAUCUUCAGACUCUCUGAAAGGCAAGCCUCAGUAUCCAAGCUGCAGACAGGAGAGCAAAAUAAAUUCCACCUGCAUGUAGAAUGCUUGGUCGUGACAGACUGCAUGUCUCUUCUCUAGCAGAUCAUCAAAGCUAACUUGUCCAAAUCCAAGGAAGUGAGUCCUCCGUGGUGGCAACCUUUCAAUGCAAAAUGCCUUUUUCUGAAGAGUAUUUACUCUCCUGCACUGUGUUUAAUUUAGGGAUUCCAGCCCACUUUGCACUAAUGAACAGAUUCCUUAAAGGGCUUACCAGGAAUAAACCUCACCAUUUCAUUAGGUCUGCCUCAAUGCUUUAUUAAUAGAUCAUAGGGCUGUUUUCACCUUUCCUCUUCCUUUACUGAAAUAAGUCUCAUACAACAUCUGUUAAGAGCAAUGAGAGGGGAAGUCAUCAAUUUUACUUUACUGCAAAGCUUUCCUUCCUGGCCACCUCUUCUUCCUCAUCAGGUUUUUCAUUUCUCUGCACUGAAGGAUGUAUGGCAGGCACACCAUUUUCCUGAAGUCUCUCCAUGCCUUUUGGUGCUUCAUCAACACAAAGGGAAGCUUGAUUACCUGCUCUGUUGCUAGAAUCAGACAGCGAACACUUUCAAACUGUAAACCUUUGUUUUUGUUUAACUAGUGAAACGUGGAUAACGAAAUAUUUUAAUACCCUCAAGAGAAAGUUAAGGGAAAACAUUUUUUACAGAACUUUAGGACUUCUUACAUUUGAGCUUCUCAUACAGCCUUAUUUAAUUGAAAAUACUUUAUGAUUGGAUCAUUAUCUAAUUCUCCAAGUGCUGGAGAAAUUGAUGAUCAUGCCGAAUGCAAAAUAGAAAACUUUCUUUCAGCUGCCUUUGCCCGUCCAAACUGCAGAUUUCUACUUUAUCCCUGGCAGUUCUGGAAAGAAAAUACAGGAGUUAAUGCUCCACAGACAUACAUAGUGUCUUGUAUGGGACCAAGAACAUCAGGAAUUGAGGAGUUCUACAUCUUGGCCUUAAGAAGGCACACUUCUACACAUGAUUAUACAGGGGGGGAAAUCCUACAAAUUCCAGCAUUCCACAGCCAGCACCUUAUUGAGCACCAUGGGAGCUUCUCAUGGGGUCAUUUUGGCUUGUUGCCACCAGUGGAACUUCCUGCUUCAAACACAGAAUUUUACAGAGGUUCUAGCUGAUUAUUGUAACCCCUCCUGUGUUUUCCCACUAUUUCUUCCAUGGUGUAAACAACUAAGCAUUUGAUACUUAAAAGUUGCAAAGUCUGUUCUUGUUACUUUCCUUCACCACCUUUAGCCAGAAUAGCAGAGAACUGGCACUAGCAAAAAGAUACAAACGUCAAGUGGCGCUUAGUUUAAAAAGGGAGAAGGAAAUCACAACGUUUCCAACAUAAAGCUAAGCACCCUACUACAAAGCCCAUAUUUAAGAAGCAGGGAAACAGGUGAAAUCCAUGGAGGCUGAAUAGUACCUUCGUUUCUGUCUAGUACAGCUGAUGUGUGUGCAGUCCCCCACUCUCCAGAAAGAGGCACGGUUUAGAUGCAUCCUGCAUGAUCAACACAUACCAGAUGAGCAAGUACCAAAAAACCACUUCAAAGUCUUUGGAGAUGGCUUAAAAACAGUAUAAUAGAGUCACUGAUAAUACGCACAAGGGAAAAUGUAAGCAGGCAGGCAGAGAAGCAAGGAAACCGUUUGAAGAGCAUAUCGCUAACAUCCAGGCUAACCAUAAAGAUUUUUUAACAUAUCAAAAAAGGAAGCAGCAGGAAUUGGGCAGUGAUGAAAUUAAGAACACUAAGAGGGAUGAGGAGGAUUUUUUUCAUCAGUCCUACGCAGCCGAGGAUGCAGGGCGGAUCCCUGUCCCCGAGUUCAUGCAUUCUGGAAGGGAGUCUGAGGAAUUAAGGCAGUGGGGACAAGAGAUUAAAUUCUCACCCUUAUUAACAAACUGAAAGUCAGCAAAUCACCCAGUCCAAAUGGUAUCCAACCUAGAGUUCUCGAAGAACUCAAACAUUAAAUUGCUGGCCUUCUUACCAAAAUAUUUAAUAUGCCCAUAAAUUCUGCCCUAGUGCUGGAGGAUUGGAGAAUGGCCAACGUAAAACCAAUUUUUAAAAACAGAUCCCAGAAAUUACAGGCCAGUUAGCUUCACACCUGUUCUGAGUAAACUGCUUGAAAACAUUAUUAAAGAUAGUAUCAGUAAGCACAUGAUGAAAAAAAUUAAGCAUAACUUCUGUAAAAGGAAGUCUUGAUGAGGCAACCCAAUAGGCAUUGUUUACUUGGCUUUCCAAAAGGCUUUUGACAAAGUCCUUCACCAAAGGCUCCUGAGCAAACUAAGCUGUCAUGGAAUAAAAAUGGUGUGUUUGGGGGUGGGGGGUGUCCUCUUACGGGUCAUUAAGUGGUUAAAGAACAAAAUACAGAAGGUGGAAAUAAAUGGCAACUUCUCCCAAUGGAGAGAUGUGACCAGUGGAGUCCCACAGGGGUCGGUAAUAGGACUGGUGCUUUUCAACCUUUUCGUAAAUGAUCUGGAAUGAGAAGCAUGUGGCUGAGGUUGCUGAUGACACUAACCCAUUUAGGACGGCUAAAACCAAAAGGAAUUGUGAGGAGCUCCAGCAGGAUCUCACCAAGCCGGGGGAAUGGACAUCAAAAGGACAAAAGCAGUUCAGUGUAAGCAAGUGUCAUGUAAUGCCAUGUUGGGGCAAAAAACUCCAACUUCGAGUAUACACUGAUGGGCUCCGAGCUAGCAGUGACUGAGAAAGGAAGGGAUCUUGGGUGGUAGUCAGCAGCUGGAUGAAAACGUUAGUCCCAUGCGUAGCUGCUCUGAAAAAGGCAAACUCCAUGCUGGGCAUCAUUAGGAACGGAAUAGAAGAUGGAGCCACCAAAAUCGCAUUCCCCUUCUACAGAUCUUUGGUACAGCUGCACUUAGAAUAUUGUGUUCAGUUCUAGUUGCCUUACUUGAACAAGAGCACUAUUCAGUUGGAAAAAGUACAGAGAAGGGAAACGAAGAAGACCAGGCUGCUGCCCUAUGAAGAAUGGCUGGAAGAACUGGGACUGUUUAGCACAGAAAGAAGACGAGUCACAGGAGACAUGACAGAGGUGUUUGAAACAAGGGGAAGGUGGAGAGGGAGACAUUUUGCUCCCUCUCCCAUGACACUCAAGCCCAGGGUCAUUUGAUGAAGCUGUUGAAUGGGCGUUUUAGCACAGACAAAAGGACAGACCUCUUCAUACAGCAUGUAGUUAAACCAUAGAAUUUGCUGCCACAGCAAGUGGUGAUGGCCACCAGUUUGGAUGGCUUUAAAGGGGGGUGGACAGAUGCAUGAGGGAGGAGGCUGUUGGUGGCUACUAGCCUGGCUGGCCAUGUGCUCCCUCCUUCCCCAGAGGUGACAGGCCUGCGUGCACCAGUUGCUUGGGAGCUUGGGCAAGUGGAGGUCUUGCCCCCAUCCUGCUGGAGGGACCCUGUGGGCAGCUGGUUUGCCACCACGUGUAUGGAGUGCUGGACUAGAUGGACCUUGGGUCUGAUCCAGCAGCUUAUGUUAUUGUGUUCUAAGAAUACUGGUAACUGGGCCCGAGAACUUUUACUGGGUGCUUGCAAUUCCUCACUGAUCCUACCUUGGGUCGCGGGUGCUUUAACAUGAUUUCAUCAUCCUCCAAGUCCUCUCCCAAGCGUUCCAAGCAUUUCCACAGCAUUUUUAGAGAAAGUGGUGUAUGCUUGAAAAUGGCAGAAUGAACCCAAAUGAAGAGCCCAUUUAUUUUUGCAAUUCUGCUAACCCACAGUGCCACCUUCUGGUUCCCUGAUGAAACAUAUAGAAAGUCAGGAAAAAAAUGAGCUCCCUCUGCCAUGUGUAAAGGAGCUGAGCUUCAUCCUGCUGAGCCAGAAGGCCUCUGCAGCAGCAGUUUAAUUGCCUCAUGUGGAGGAGUGCAGUCAUGUUCCACCUCCAGGGGCUCCGGCCAUCUUUCCAAUGAUCUUCUUAGCUGAAGAUGCUGAGUCAUGAAUCCAGCACUUUUGCAGGCUGUGUGUGUACUACUUAGCUCUGUCCCCACCCCUUUUAAAGAAUUAUGAUCAUGAUCAUUAUUAUUACUAAUUAAUUUCUAUAAUUAGUCAAAUUGCCAGUAGUCGACGCUGUCUGGGGGGAUCAUAACACCUAAGUCAUCCAUCUGGUUUUCAGCCAGGCCUGACCCUGUUCCGCUCCCAAGAUCAGACAGGAUGAGGCCCUUCCUCCAUGCCUUUAGUCAGAGAUUUACCGUCCUUGUAGAAGUUUUGCAUUAUUUUUUAAACGUCAAGGGGCAGCUUAAGGAAAUACUCUAUUAGUGACAAAAAGCACUUUCAUAUCUUUCAAGAAUGCCUUUGGGCAUAGCCCGCAAGAAGGGUUGCUGUUACAGGAGAAGUGCCCCUAUGCAUGUGAAUGGGUUUGGGGCAAGAGACCAUCCUGGUGGAUUGGGCCCUUCUGCCCACCUUCCAGUUGGUUUUCUCUCCAUUUCUACUCCUGGCCAGUCUGCAGCAGGCUUGUAAACAACCAGUUAUCAUUGACAACAAACGCAUUCCUCCGGGUGAUGGCACAUUUAGAAACAUGGAGACAUAGAAACAGAGCAAGUCAAAAGCGGUCUCCCAGGCCGUCUAGUCUGACCCCCAGCUCCAGCCUGCUCCACUCAUGACAUGCCCACCAUGUGCAUGCCCAGCCUAUCCUUGAACACCCUCACUGAUUUGAACCAGUUGAUGCUUUCCCACCUUCUCUUUUCAUCACACUGAUCAUGCCAUAAAUGGAUUGUGAGCCUUUUUGAAGGCUGAUAAAGCAGCAGCAGCAGCAAAAAUUGUGGCCAUACAGCAGGAAUGUGAGUGCACCAGACAGAAAAGGCACUUCUACAAGGGUCCAACUUCCUCCCAUUUCAAUGAGACAAGCAGGCGGAAGAUGGCCCCCAUUUAUGUCCAACACCUGAAUGCCUGGGUUCUUGGCUAAAAUACUGAUAAAAGGUGGGCUUACCCACAUAGUUUUCAUGCUUCCAAUUUUACACCUAAUCCUUUUUUCAUUAGACAGAGAGAAGCUCUUGUAAAAAUGCAAAAACUGCAGGGGAGGGACCUUUUGCAAUUUUAUCAAUGGUGUCUUAUUUUAGUUCAUUCUUUGACAAUGUGCAUCUCUUAAGAAAGCCAUACAGAAUGGAGUUUUUUUCAUGUUGUUUUUAGGUUCUCUGUAUGGUUUGGAUUUCUGCCUUUUUUGAAUUCCUUCAUAGUAAGGGGUGCUGUGUGAGUAUAUGUGUGUGGGUGUGUUUUCAUAAAUAAAUAUAUAUAUAUUUAUUUUUCAGCGUGUUUAAAACCUGUCUACUAAAAGAACUGAAGCAAACAAAAAGGAUGGAGUUUAAACAUUGCUUAUUUUUUUUGCUGGGGAUAUUCUAUACUAUACCGACUUUAUAUAAUAAACCUGUGUUUGUAUUGGCAAUGUUUAAUAUUUUGGGGGUUGGGUAUGGGGAGAUUUUAGUACCCAGAACUGAGCUGGGCAAUGACAGUGUUUGUACUAAAUUUCUGUCAGUGUAAUUCAGGUAACUAUGAUCCUAUUUUCUAGAUGAUCUCACACUUUCUUGUCUGUCUAGGCAUGCCAGCGGUUUGCCUGCUUGAUUAUAUUUACUUUGUCAUGGGAUUAGCUUAGACAUAACUUGCUAAAAUCAAAGCUCUUUCAAUAAAUUGGGAUAUUGCUGCUAAAA